AUGGCCACAAACAGUCCGGUAAGCGUGAUACCGCCCGGAACAGCAUCGGGCCAGAAGGGCAAACAGAAUGGAUCGCUCAUUAUGGAUCGCGACAUAAUGGACGAUCUGGCCAGCCGGUUCAUCAUCAACGUGCCAGAGGAGGAGCGCAAAAAUUUGAUUCGCAUCUGCUUCCAAAUGGAACUGGCGCAUUGGUUUUAUCUGGAUUUUUACUGUGCGGAAAGUAAGCACAAGUGUGGCAUCAAGCAGUUUGCGCAGCAAAUGUUUAAGCACGUUCCAUUUCUGCAACCGCACUGGCCUAAUGUGGACACUGUACUGGAGGACUGGAAGCAGUACAAGCUGACCGUACCGACUUACGGUGCGAUAUUGCUUUCGGAAGAUAUGAAGCAUGUGCUGCUGGUGCAAUCGUUCUGGGCGAAAUCAUCCUGGGGGUUUCCCAAAGGAAAGAUCAACGAAAACGAGGAACCGGCUAACUGUGCCAUCCGCGAGGUGUACGAAGAGACGGGUUACGACAUUAGCAAGCUGAUCGUACCAACUGAGUACAUUGACGUAAUCAUCAACUAUCAGUUUACCCGCCUGUACCUUGUGCCGGGAGUACCGUUAACGACCGUGUUCAUGCCGAAAACGCGCAACGAAAUCAAAUGCUGCGAAUGGUUUCCGGUUGAUGUGCUGCCAGUAACAAAGCACGACAAUAUCGUGAAGGGCAACCACAACCUGUCCGGGAAUUCAUUUUUUAUGAUUUUACCAUUCGUGAAGCGAUUGAAAAAGUGGCUUGAAUCGUACCACACGGGAAAGGGUGGAAAGGGCGCAAUUGGCAAAGGAUCGGUCAAUGUACUGGCGAACAAUUCGCCCGUGUUUGGACGCGAAUCAGCGGGCAAGCAGAAAAUGAACAAUCACCAACAAACGCAACAGGGCCAGAAGCAGCGACAGCGGCACAAAUCGAUGGGAGAGUUAGAGCAACAGCCACAGCUGCAACUAUGGCAACCGGGUGGUUCGAAAGGAAAAGGCAACAUUGGUACACCGAAGGCACAUCAGCAGUUUGAUAACAGCAGUGCAAAUCGUUCCCAGCAGCAACAGCAAAAACAAACGAUCCGCGACGAUCCUAACCGAACGCAGCGAGCGACCAGUGUGGUGAACGACACAUACAAAGACUUUCUGGCUGGUGUUGCGGAUGAAUCGUCCGCGGUGAAACCUACCGGACAUCAGCUUAAUCAAAGCAACAAGAAUGAAACCAAGAGUGAGUCAACCACGUCGCAAUCAGCGGCGAAUGCAAACGGGAGCCGGUCGGAACGUGUGGCCAAGAGUCAGACGAAGCGAAAACUGUUUGCCAACGAUACGGCCCCCGAAAAGCCGACGGAAGUACAACAGGCCGAAAGCGAAGAGGAGGACAUGGAUGAAUUUAUAGAUUAUUUGAUACGGGAAUCAAAAUACGAUCAGUUACGCAAUAUCUAUCAAUGGAAAACCUUUCAGCUAUCACAUUCCCCUUUCUUUUUCCAAAUGUUAAAAACUGCGAAUAGGAAGUAA